AUGGAACGGAACCCACAGGGGGCAGGCCUCAUAGGGGGCGGGGCCUCACAGGGGGCGGGCCUCACAGGGGGCGGGCCUCACAGGCGGCGGAACUCUCAGGCGGUGGGCCUCACAGGCGGCGGGCCUCACAGGGGACAGGUCUCACAGGGGGUGGGGCCUCAGAGGGGACAGGCCUCACAGUGGACGGCCCUCACAGGGGGCGGGCCUCACAGGGGGCGGGCCUCACAGGGGGCGGGCCUCACAUGGGGUGGGACCAACAGAGGGCGGGCCUCACAGGGGGCGGGCCUCACAUGGGGUGGGACCAACAGAGGGCGGGCCUCACAGGGGGCGGGCCUCACAGGGGACGGGACCAACAGGGGGCGGGCCUCACAGGCGGCGAGCCUCUCAGGCGGCGGGCCUCACAGGCGGCGGGCCUCACAGGGGACAGGUCUCACAGGGGGUGGGGUCUCACAGGGGGUGGGGCCUCACAGGGGACGGGCCUCACAGUGGACGGCCCUCACAGGGGGUGGGCCUCACAGGGGGCGGGCCUCACAGGGGGCGAGCCUCACAGGGGGCGGGACCAACAGAGGGCGGGCCUCACAGGGGGCGGGGGCUCAGAGGGGACGGGCGUCACAGGGGGCGUGCCUCACAGGGGGCGGGACCAACAGAAGGCAGGCCUCACAGGGGGCGGGGGCUCAGAGGGGACGGGCGUCACAGGGGGAGGGCCUCACAGGGGGCGGGCCUCACAGGGGGCGGGACCAACAGAGGGCGGGCCUCACAGGGGGCGGGGGCUCAGAGGGGACGGGCGUCACAGGGGGCGUGCCUCAGAGGGGACGGGACCAACAGAAGGCAGGCCUCACAGGGGGCGGGGGCUCAGAGGGGACGGGCGUCACAGGGGGCGGGCCUCACAGGGGGCGGGACCAACAGAGGGCGGGCCUCACAGGGGGCGGGACCAACAGGGGGCGGGCCUCACAGGGGGCGGGCCUCAGAGGGGGUGAGCCUCAGAGUGGACACUUCUGCCAGGGGGAUUACAAAAGUCACAGUUGUCACAAAUAUGUGUAUAAAAAGUGGAGGGCAAAUGCAAAAACAAUUUGA